AUGAGCAGCAUCAGGUCGCGCAUCAGCCAUGCGCGGGCCAAACUCUUGAGGCGGCAGAGCCACAUCUCGUCGUCGGCGUCGCAGUGCUCGUCGGCGGGCAGCGAGCGGAUCCACACAGGGAGCAGCCUGCGCAAGAGCGUCUCGCUGUCGAAGCUGCCCGCCGUGCAUGCUUCCGACGUGCCCGCAGAGAGAGACGACAACCGCAUGGUGCAGUCGGAGGUCAUGGUUCGGUCUGGCACCGGCGACGGCACCAGCGAGAGUAGGCCCGAAACGCUCGACAGCUCGAGGUCGAGAGAUCGGCACUCGCAGGAGGGACCGAGCAUCAACAACGUCAGGCUGAUCGAGUCUUCGACCACGUCGCUCCCACACGACGUGCGCACCGCCAACCCCACCGUCACCCUCGAGGAGCCCACGCCCGUGCAUCCUCCAUCGCAGCCGCCGCCGCCGCCGCCGGUGCUCCCCGCCCUCGCUGGAGCCGGCGCAGAGACUGCUGCCUCAGAAGACCGCCCAUCCGAGCUCCCCUCACUCCAGGCGAGCUCGAGACCGACGCCCGCCCGUCGCCAGUCGCUCGUCACGCCCUCGAAUGCCCGCGCUAUCAAGACACUGCUCGCAUCCGACCCUACUGCUGCUGGCCCAUCCGUGACCGGGCCACCGACUGCAACCGACUACUUCUCCGGGGCAAACAACUUCAGCGCCGGCAUGCUGCACCGCAAGAUCUGGGUCAAGCGCCUGAGCGCCUCGGCGACACUGGUCCAGAUCCGUGAAGAUGACCUCGUCGACGACGUGCGGGAGAUGAUCCUCAAGAAGUACGGCAACUCGCUGGGCCGAAGCUUCGACGCGCCAGACCUCACGCUGCGCAUACUGCCCCGCGACAGCAAUGGGAAGGGGCAGGAGCGCAUCCUAGGCCCAGAGGAAGAGAUGUGCCGGACGCUCGACGCAUAUUACCCGGGCGGCCAGACAGUCCAUGAGGCUCUCAUCAUCGACAUACCCAUCCGGGCGGCGCCGGCCCGCACGCCCAAGCCCUCGCCGCGCAUCCCGCAGUUCUAUGCUCACCACGACGAUUCGCAGAACCAUCAUCAGACCGAGUACUUCCCACUCAUGCCUAUAGCGAAUCCCUCUCCCAUGACCGCCGCCUCCCACGAGACGACACGAGCUUCCCUCCCACAUCAGCCGCACUCCAUACAGGUGCUCCAGACAGGGCAUCUACCUGCAUUGCCUUCGCCUGGAGGCACGAGGAGGACCCACGCUAACCGUCCCAAGGCUUUUCGGCACAACACAGCCUCGCCUACGACGUUGACCGGCGGUGUGCCGCAGUCUGCCACCACUACCCGACCUCAACAGCGAAUUCGACACGAUUCCUCCGCCUCUGAAAAGCACUCUGCCUCCAGCAACCAAGCCAUACCUACCCCUCCAGCCCCAGCUGACCCCAACCUGCGACAAAACUCCACUCCUCCGACUCCCCGCGUAUCGUCGCCGAAGCCAGACAAGAAGCGGAAGAAGCAGAAGCCGAUCGAGCCCCCGAGCUUGCCCCCAGGCUUGUUAGACAAUUCAGUACCCCCCAUCAACGUGCUGAUUGUGGAAGACAACAUCAUCAAUUUGCGCGUUUUGGGGGCUUUCAUGCAGCGUCUGAAGGUGCGGUGGCAGCGGGCCAUGAACGGCAAGGAAGCUGUUGAGAAGUGGAGGGCCGGCGGAUUUCACUUGGUGCUCAUGGACAUUCAGCUGCCGAUCAUGGACGGUCUGGAGGCUACUAGGGAGAUUCGGCGUCUUGAACGGGUCAAUAGCAUUGGUGUCUUUAGUAGUGGUAGCAGCGAAGCGCCCAACAACAGGCUUGGAGACAAGGGUCUUGACAGAGACUUAUCGAGCGACGACAUAUUGGGGGACAAGAACCUGUUCAAGAGUCCCGUUAUCAUUGUAGCACUCACGGCCAGUUCACUGCAGAGCGACAGGCACGAAGCGUUGGCUGCCGGUUGCAACGACUUCUUGACCAAGCCUGUCAACUUCGUCUGGCUCGAACGGAAAGUCAAAGAAUGGGGCUGCAUGCAAGCCCUCAUCGACUUCGACGGUUGGCGUCGAUGGAAGGAUUUCACCAAUGCCUCUGACACCACCGACGGCACGUCGAAACUUUCAACGAGCUACUCCAGUGUUGCUCCACGAAAGGGCAAAGCAGCAGCUAGUCCAACUACAUCCAACGCUCCCAAUGGAGCGGGGCCGUCGACUAUUAAUGGAACGGCCACCAAACCGAAGGAUGACGUGGAAAAGAAGUCGAAGAGAAGAAGCAUGGGCGUCGUCCCGCCACCAGCGCUCGUCGAGGAAGAGAGCGCCGCUUCGACACCGGAUGUUGACAGUGGGGAGAACUAG